AUGGCGAAACGAUUCAAGCUUCGAAUUUGCAGAGCCAUCACCGCCACCUGGCAGUCUUGCCGAUCCAAAGACCCAUCCAUUCUCCCGGAAGAUCCUGCCCUUUCAUUCUCUAGACUCAACGCCGAUGACCAGGACCGCCGCCGUGGCGGCCACCGCCGUCAAUCCUUCAAGCACCACGCUUCCUCCGCCUUCAUAUCCAUCGGCGCCGCCUGUGGCUUGCAACAAACCUCCGACGAAGAAUUCAAGUGGCAGAAGGAAGAGAAAUGGCACGUCGUCGCCAAGAUGUAUGAACAGCCGCCCACUCAUCGCCGGAAAAUUUGCAACUCCUCAGCCUCUGAAGACGACCUGCCGUUUCUGCCGCCGGCUCCGCCGCCUUCCUCGGCUGAGGAAAACUACUGCCGCGGGAAAAGGAAGAACAAAAAGAAGAAGAAAAAUAAGUACCGUAACGUCCCGAGCAGGCUUCGCACGAGCACCUCAUCGGCGGAGAGCGGGUGGUUCAGCAGCGACGGCGGUGCCGCCUCCGCCGCCGCCGCUGCCGGAGAAGAACAUUACAGGGAGGAGACAGGGACACUGGUUUCCUCCGCCCCGAGCUUAUCAACAACCGACACUACUUCCUCCAAUUCCCACAAGAUCAAAAACAAGAGACGAGUGAUCUCCUCCAAGCGCCGCGGCGUCGUGAGCUGGCCGCCGCCGCUGCCGUCGGAGGAGGUGGAGAUUCCGGCGAGGCUGUCGAUGCUAAAGAAGUUGAUACCUUGCGCGAUCGACGGAAAAGUGAAGGAGAGUUUCGCGGUGGUGAAGAGGUCGGAGAAUCCGUACGAGGAUUUCAAGAAUUCGAUGAUGGAUAUGAUUACGGAGAAACAGAUGUUCGACCACAGAGAUUUGGAACAGCUGUUGCAGUGCUUUCUGUCCUUGAAUUCCGGCAACUACCACGGGAUAAUCGUCCAGGUUUUUUCCGACAUUUGGAAUGACAUUUUCUCGCCGGCGGCCGGUCUCAACUUCCCUCAGCAUCGCCGCCGGCGUGUUUCCAGAAUAGCUUCCUUUUAG